AUGCGAUUCUUGCGUAAACUAAGAUACCGAGUAACUGCCUUACUAAAGCUUCAUGGAACCGCCGCAGAGGACAAGGGAAAAGCCGUUGUGGAUAAUGCUCCACAAGACAAGAUCACAAAAUCUCUAGACAAUGGGUCCGAAAAGCACGACGUUCUCUCUACAAGCCCGUCAGUCACGACAAAGUCAACAAACAUCUCCUCGCCCUUCAUAAGCUCUCCAGGCCCGCAGGGUGAGAAGUCAGAGGAUAGGCUCCCUCCAAGCCCAGUCGAACCGCAUCCAAUAGAGGCUAUCGGCACCUACGGUCCGCAUCCGUCAAGUUUAUCAGUCGGGACGCCGCAUUCUGUUGAGCCAACAAGGCUUCAGAUCGGAGCGAGCAGUCUCCGAUCGUUUCUUAUUCCCUCGCCGGAAGUAUAUCAAUUCCCGCAGACGAAUGUCUGGUGCGGGAGACCUGCACAGGUCCCGGUACCGGAGGAUCUUCGAACCCAAUGGGACAAGGAUGGAGGUUUCAAACACAGACUUAAGCUGGACCUGCAGCCCGUAGAACAUGCCAUGAAGAGGUAUAAACCUAACUCUAACAUUAAGAAAAGGGAACGGAUUUUCGUCCUCGAGCUUCGAAUGUCGGGAUACGCCAGCGGCUCCCCGCCCCGGUCAGUCACAUUGAAUCCUUGUAUCUGGAUACUGUGCGGAAGCGACUGGGGAAAGAAACUCAUCAAAAAAGCCCUCAAAGAUCUAUCCUGGACGGCGAGCUUCAUUGACCGCCCUAUCGAAGUUCAACAAGGCAUUCCCGAAUGGGCGGCCGCUCCAUCUCUUAUCCCGCUCGAACAACUACAGCUCGACGCUUCCAGCAGGGGUAGCCUAGACUUACCAGGAUACAAAAUCAUGUAUCAUAUCGACUCUGGGGAUGUACAAUCAUAUUCGGGGCUUCUAUGUUGUGCUACCCUUCUUAGGGAUGGCGAAGUCAUUGACCAACAAACAUCACGCAUUGGAGGCUUCUUAGUCGGGACAGCCAUGACGACUGCACAUGGAGUCCUCGAGCGCUUUCUUCAAGAUCUGGAACCUGGCGUUGCUUCAGACGCCAGCGACAAUGGCACGACGUGUCCAAUUCACGUAUCGAGCGGCUCUACUUCUCCUUUCAACAUGGGCCCUUACUCAGACUCUGGCAUUGAAUCCGGGUCAGAUUCUGAAUCUGAUUCUGGAUCUAACAGUUUCCAAGACGGGGACGAAAACGGAAAAUGUCUCCUCGGCUUCAAAGAUCCUUCGAAAGUGGAACGUUGGACCCCAGUAUCAUUCGUGGGAUCCAACUUAAUGGGGAACAUUAUAAACCAUGGCAGCAUGAGUUCUACGUCCUCGAGAAUGCUUGAUUAUGCACUCCUUGAACACUCACAGCCAUUCUACAUACCCUUGGGCGCAUGCUUCUUUCCUACGAAUCCAGUAGAAUCCUAUACAAGUAACAAAGACCUAUCAGCUGGGCCAGUUUGGUUGUUGUUUAGCGACAGUCUCAUGAUUAAAGGAAUUAUCCUUGAUGAGACACAGCUGAUGCCAUUCCUCGGAAAAUCUCUGCCGACGCGGAAAAUUCAACUGUCGGCUCCGCUUGGUAGGUUUACCUUCCACCAGAAAUUGAACAUCUCAUGCAAUAUCGUCAAGUUUCUAACGUUUUUCACAGCACCUGGGACCUCGGGGACGUGGUUGGUCAGGGACGAGUCUCUUUGCGGGAUGAUCAUUGCAAGAUAUCCCGGAGAGCCUCUGGCCUUGUUCAUCACGGCGGAAGACAUCUUGCGGGACAUCUCAUCGUCCUUCCCCUUUCUUGUAGACUGGCAGUUUGGUACAAAAGUGGCCUCUCGUUCCCUCAGGCGCCCUCCCGAGCGGAUGAGAUUCGAUUUUCAACUCAAGGGCAAUUCCGAUGAGCUCACCUCCAAGCCCUUUUGCCGUUUAGCCCAUCUGUCGCCCCGUACCUCGCCCGAGCAAGGAAUUCGACCCAAAUGA